GGUUUAUUGUGUAAUCUGCUAGACUGCUGACUGCUAGAAUACAGGUUAUCAUAUUUUGCUUUCAGGACAUUUCUAAGGGUGUAGAUAGAGAGAGGAGUUAGAUUAUCCAGACUGGAGGAAAAAGUUUCUGCUCCUUCCUUUGAGAGCAGGAGCAUAGUGGCCCCUGAGGAUGAGGUCUGGCUGGUUAAAAGCUUUCCUCAUGGUCAUCGCUGUGGCUUCAGGUUUGGUUUACCUGAGCUCCAUAAAAGCAGAGCUGAGCACCCACUCAGAGAGGCUCCACAGGGCCCAACACAAUGAGUCCCUCAGGGGCCAGGGAAUGAUGAUGAUGAUGAUGAUGAUGAGGAGGAUGGAGAUGAUGGAGAAGGACAUCAACAGGCUGAUGAGUUUGAUGAAACACUAUGAAAAGAAGGAGCAGGGACUAGAUAAAGCAAAGAAGGAGAAGAAGCGGGGGAUGAAGCUGUUCCCAGACUCCCAUCUGUUCCGCAAGUGGGGCGACGAUCUGUCAGAGGAGGAGCAGAAGGAGGCAGAGGACUUGUUCCAGCGGUAUGGAUACAACGCCUUUCUCAGCGACCGGCUGCCGAUCAACCGAGAGAUUCCUGACACCAGACCUCCAAGAUGUGCAGAGAAGAGGUAUCCAGAGGAUCUUCCCUCCCUCACCGUGAUCUUGAUUUAUCUGGAUGAAGCCCUCUCUGUCAUUAAGAGAGCCAUCCGCAGCAUCAUUGAUAGAACCCCUCCUCGGCUGCUGCUCGAAAUCAUACUGGUGGAUGAUCACAGCUCCAAUGAUGAUUUAAUGGGCAAACUGGACGAGUACAUUAGCUCCAUCCAUGAGGAGCGCCCAGGCCUGGUGAAGAAAAUUCGUCACUCGGAGCAGCUGGGUCUAACCCAGGCCAGACUGUCAGGGUGGAAAGCAGCGGUUGGAGAUGUGGUGGCCAUCCUGGAUGCACACAUAGAGGUCCAUGUACAAUGGGCAGAGCCUCUUCUGGCUCGGAUUAAGGAGGACCGCACUGUGAUACUGACACCAGUUUUUGACAAAAUUAGCUUUGACGACUUGAUACCGAUUCCCUAUGGAACCAGUGCUCAUGGCUUUGACUGGGCCAUGUGGUGCAUGUACGAGGGCUUCAGACCUGAGUGGUACGCCUUGAGGGACGACUCCCAACCCGGCAA